AUGACUGAAGUUGUUUUAAAAGAACAACGGUACGGUAAAGACCGUGUAAGACUUAUUAAAGUCAUACGAACGGGAAAAUGGCAUGAAGUUAUUGAAUUGACUGUCCGAGUACUUCUUGAAGGCGAGUUUGAAACUUCAUAUACGCACGGCGAUAACUCCAAAGUCGUCGCUACCGAUACGAUGAAGAAUACGGUUUACGUACUCGCAAAGAAGACUGUCAAUAUCAAAUGCAUCGAACUCUUUGCGACCGAAAUCGGAAAGCAUUUCGUUAACACUUAUUCUCACGUGACUAAAGCUAGUGUUUUGAUUACAAAGCAUCGAUGGACAAGAAUGCUGGUUGAUGGAAAGUUACACGAUCAUUCGUUUGCGAGAGACGGAGAAGAGACAAGGAUUACGGAGGUUGUGGUAAAGAGAGAUAAAGUGGAAAUAAAAUCUGGCUUGAAAGGGUUGUUGGUUUUGAAAACGACUGGUUCAGCUUUUUAUGGGUUUCAUAGAGAUCAAUAUACAACCCUUCCUGAAUCCACAGACCGCAUCCUGUCGACGGUGAUAGAUGCAACAUGGACAUAUUCCAUUCCUAAUCCAAGUGCAAUAAGCAAGAUUCCUUAUUGUACCAUAUUCGACUCGAUACGCAAACUCACUCUUGAUACUUUUGCUACGGAUGACAGUGUCUCGGUUCAAGCGACACUGUAUCUAAUGGCAAAAAGAAUACUGGAAAUUCACAAAGAAGUCACAUCCGUGUCUUAUGGAUUGCCAAACAAACAUUGUUUUGCGUUUGAUUUGGAGAGAUUUGGAUUGAAGAAUUCAGGAGCGGAUACGGACAUUUAUGUACCUUUUGAGGAUCCAUCAGGUUUGAUUACCGCCACUGUUGAACGAGUGAAAUCAAAGUUGUAA